AUGAAACUCGCAGUCAUCCUCGGCACGGCGUUGGCUGCGAUCCUGCCAGCGGUUCAUACCUCUCCAGUCGCCCGGGCCCCAGACGCUCCGACGGUGACCAUCUCAUCCCCUCAAGCCACUAUUGUAGGCCUAGGCGGAGACGUAGAACAGUUCCCGGGAAUUCCAUUUGCGAAGCCACCGACCAACCGAGAUCGCUUGAAGGCCCCCGUCCCUCUCACCGAGCCCUAUGGUGUUUAUAAUGCCACGUCCAAUAAGCAAGCCUGCCCACAAUUUGUUUUCAGUACUGCCGAAACGGAAGGAAGCCUUCUGACCAAUGUCAUCGCCGACCUUAUCAACAGCCCACUUCUACAGCAGACACUCAACUUUGGAGAGGACUGUCUGUACCUGAACGUCCACCGCCCAGCUGGAACCCAGCCCGACGAUAAACUGCCUGUGCUCUUUUGGAUUUUUGGCGGUGGAUUCGAGGUGGGCUGGAACUAUAUGUACGACGGCUCCUCCUGGGUAAAGGACGCUGUCAAUCAAGGCCAGCCCUUAAUUUUCGUUAGUGUCGCUUAUCGGGUUGGUGGGUUCGGUUUCCUGCCUGGUGCAGAAGUGUUGGCGGAUGGAUCUGCCAACCUGGGACUACUAGAUCAGAGACUCGGACUCCAGUGGGUUGCGGACAACAUCGCAGCCUUUGGAGGGGAUCCUGACAAGGUCACCAUUUGGGGGGAAUCGGCUGGUGCUAUCUCCGUUUUCGAUCAUAUGGUCCUCUACAACGGAGAUAACACGUAUAAGGGCAAGCCGCUGUUUCGGGGCGCGAUCAUGAACUCAGGGAGUGUUGUGCCGACCGAUCCAGUUGAUAGCCCACGGGCUCAGGGGAUCUACGACACGGUUGUCCAAACGGCAGGUUGCACCACCGCUGCCGACACCCUGGAAUGUCUUCGAGGUUUGGACUAUGAGACGUACCUUAACGCGGCAAACUCGGUUCCAUUCAUUCUCAGCUACACUUCUGUUGCGCUAUCUUACCUUCCCCGACCGGACGGAACGGUCCUGACAAAGUCUCCCGACGCUCUCCUGCGAGCCAAUCAAUACUCCAAGGUUCCCUUUAUUAUUGGAGAUCAAGAGGACGAAGGCACCCUCUUUUCCCUUUUCCAGUCUAACCUCACCACGAUAGAUGAUCUGGUCCAAUACUUCCAUCAAGGGUUGCUCCAUAAUAGCCCUAUCGGGACUAUACAAGAACUUGUCGGUUUUUACAAUGACACGUCCACCUACGGAUCGCCAUUCCGGACCGGCUCGUUGAACAACAUCUACCCUCAGUUCAAGCGUUUGGCGGCUAUCGCAGGCGAUAUAGUCUUCACGCUCUCGCGCCGCCUAGUUCUUGAAAUCACUGCGGACUUGAACGGCGACGUGGCGUCUUGGUCCUAUUUGAGCUCGUACGACUACGGAACCCCUAUCUUGGGUUCCUUCCACGGCAGUGAUAUCCUGCAAGUAUUUUUCGGUGUCUUGCCUAACUAUGCGAGUGCAUCUUUCCGCAGCUACUACAUCUCUUUCGUGGACUCGCUCGACCCGAACGCCGGUACUUCUAUCUCGUACCCCCAGUGGCCGACAUGGAAGGACAGCCACCAGCUCCUGAACUCUUAUCCGUUAUUCUCCCAAUUUAUUAGCGAUGAUUUUCGUUCGGAUGUAUCCGAUUUUCUGGUUCAGAACUUGCCAAGUAUGUACUAUUAA